UACAUUAUAUCUGUAUUGUCUCAUGUUGUCUUUUGCAUCUAAGAUUGAAAUUUGUAAUUAUGAUCCACAAUGAACAGACACAUCAAUUAUACAAUGCAACAUAAUUAAAAUUGAGAAGAAUGAAAUGAAUGAAUAAAAGAAACACUUCGAAAUUUGUGUUUCGAUGCUUAACCUAUACUGACCUUCCUUUUCUAAAUCGACAUCAUUUUAAAUGUCAGUCAUGGAAAGUAAAAGUUGCAACAAUUUUGUAAGUUAUGUGGGAAUCGAAGAACUUGAAAUGCAGCAAAUAAAUUCUAGUCAACAUAAUUCAUUGAUCGAAAACAAUUUAAAACUCUUGCGAGGAGAAGCUCUCGUUGCUAAAGCACAAAAUGUUUUAAUGUUUUUACCGGUUGGUGAUUUAAAACAAGGAACUUCUGGCGUACUUUCUGUUACUAAUUUCAAGCUCUCUUUUUUUACAACUGAUGAUUCAAAUGGAGAGGAUAAUAAUCAUCAACAAAAUCAUUUAUAUGGGUAUACAGAUACAUGCCUGACAAAUAUUGAUGAAAUUUACUUAAUAGUAGGUGAUAAAAAGAAAAAACUUCUUCCAGGAAAUUUAGUACCGUCCAAAGUAAAAGCAAUAUUUAUUACUUGUAAGAAUUUGAGGACAUGGUCAUUUUCCUUUAAAUUUUCACCUCUUGGGGAUGGAAAAAAUAUCUUAAAUGCCUUGUUACAUUAUGCAUUUCCUAGCAGACAUCAUUUGUUGUUUGCCUAUGAUUACACUGAACCAUAUUACAGCAGUCUUGAUAAAGGUAUCAGAUUAUUUAGAAAUAUGUCUGAUUGGCAAAAUGAAUUUGAACGUAUAUUAAAUAGUGAAAAAGCAAGUCAAGGAUGGAGAUUGUCAACUGUUAAUAUAAAAUUUCAGUUGUGUUCCAGUUUGCCACAAUAUAUCAUUGUACCAGCAUCAUUAACCAAUAUUCAGCUAACAGAUGCUGCAAAAUAUUUUCAAGGUAAUAGAUUACCGAUUUGGGCAUGGUCAAAUCAACAUGGUGCAGCAUUAGUAAAAAUACCUGAACUAUUACCAACAAUUACUGAAAGGAUACAAGAAAACAUAAUAUUAGAAAAUAUCAGAAAAAGCCAUCCUCAUAAAUUGCCACCAAUUGUAAUUUAUCUAAGUAAAGAUAUUAAUGUGAAAUCAAUAGCUGUAGGUUUCUCAAAAUUUUACAAUUUGUGUUCUCCAGAAAAUAUUAGACAACUUUGGAUACAAGACAAUAACUUCUAUUCGUUAUUAGAAAAUACAAAAUGGCUUAAGUAUGUAUCAUACUGUCUAGAAAAAACAGUUACAGCUUGUGAAAAUCUUAAUUCAGGUUAUACAGUAGUUUUACAAGAAGGAGAAGCUAGAGAUUUGUGUUGUGUUAUAUCAAGUUUAAUACAGUUAUUGCUUGAUCCACAUUUUCAAACCAUUGUUGGAUUUCAAUCUCUGAUACAAAAAGAAUGGGUUGCUAAUGGACAUCCUUUUUGUGAUCGUUUAGGGCAUAUGAUGAAACCAAACUCUGAAAAGUCUCCAUUAUUUCUUCUUUUCCUUGAUUGUGUUUGGCAAAUAUGUCAACAAUUCCCAGGAGAAUUUGAAUUUACUGAAACAUAUUUGACAACAUUAUGGGAUGCAGCUCAUGUGUCAAUUUUUGACACUUUCAUUUUCAAUUGUGAAAAAGAUCGUACGAUGGCAGCUACGGAUCCAAAUACACCGCUUAUAUUACGUAGUGUUUGGGACUGGAGAGAACAAUUUAAUGAUCAAGAUAUCUUAUUAUUUUAUAACCCUUUAUUUAAUGCUAAUGGAAAAACUUUAACAGAAAAGAUGAUCAUGAAACCAUUGUACAGUAUCUCUAAUUUAGAACUUUGGAGCCAAUGUUAUUUUCGUUGGAUACCCCCGCUCGUUAUUCAUAAUGGUGGUGGAAGUCAUAUAGAUCUUUAUACUAGAUUACUUCGUAAUGAUAUAAACCAAUUAAGACUAAGUAUAGAUAGAAGUUGUGGAUCACCAAUUGAUAAAAUAGGUAGUUAUUUACUUCAGAUGAAUAUUGACAGCUUUUAUCCAUUUAGUAGUAAAAGAUCUGGGAAUACUGUUAGUACUCCUAUCAUAAGUAGUACAAUACUUGCAACUGAAAGUUUAUUGGAUGCUCAAUCCUUGAUAACUGUACCUGAUUGACUGUUCACAAUGUAUAUAUAUCUUACGUACGUAGGUAUAAAUAGUUUUACAGAUUUAUACCAUCCCUUUUAUAGUCAAUUGUACAGUAUCUUGUUAAAACAUGUUAUAAAAUAUAUAAAAAAGAUUUAGAAAUAAG